UCAAACGUCGUCGCCAUUUUUUAAUUUACAUAAAUUUUGUAUGUAUCCACAUACGCCUUUUCAGUUUUUACCUGAAAUAGGUUGUUUUUUUAUUGUAAACUUGGAACAAGAACAGUGAGAAGAAUUGAUACAACGAUAACGUUAACCGCAAGAUGAUGACCAGUUUUCAACAGCAAAAAUACAACCAGAUGCAACAACAGCAAACUUUACAUCCCCCCAUGCCCCCAAUGAUGUCUGCACCAAAUAUGCCAUUAAUGCCACCUCCAGGCCUAAUGCCAUCCCUGGGACCCAUGAUGGGACAACCUAUGUUACCGCCACAGCCACCAUUACCACCCAUGGUACAGCCUCCAAUGCCAAUACCACAACCUUAUCAAACACCUUAUAUGGCUCAUCAGCCUCCUCAACCUCCAUCGCCCGACAAUUUUCCAGAUAUGGAUCCUGAUAUGGACCUGGAGAAUGAUCCAUACGCUGACGAUGAUCCGCCCGCUCCAGGCACCGAAGAUCUCUUACCACCACCACCCAAAUCUCCUAGGAUUGAAUCUAUGCUACUUGAUGGUGACGGCGUCGAGUAUAUUUAUGACUUAGAUCAGACUGGCGAAGUUGUUACAGGUCCAGGUGCUAUCAACAAUUCGGUAGCUGGAAUUCUAGGAGGCGCUCUACCGAAACUAUCUUCAGACCAUGCCGAUUGGGUGGCCAAAGCUAAAAAAUACGCAAUGGAACAGAGUAUAAGGAUGGUUCUUAUGAAACAGACUAUUGCCUAUCAACAACAGAAAAACAAGACAUUCCAAAGACAUCAGGUUCUUGUUUUAAUGUGCAGGGUGUAUGUGGGUUCAAUCAGUUUCGAGCUCAAAGAGGACACCAUCCGGCAAUCGUUCCUGCCCUUCGGCCCCAUUAAAUCCAUCAAUAUGUCCUGGGAUCCGGUCACACAAAAGCACAAAGGUUUUGCUUUUGUGGAGUACGAAAUCCCAGAGGCGGCGCAAUUAGCGUUAGAACAGAUGAAUGGGGUGAUGAUCGGAGGGCGGAACAUCAAGGUAAAUGUAGUGGGACGGCCAAGCAAUAUGCCACAGGCCCAAGCCGUCAUUGACGAAAUUCAAGAAGAAGCCAAACAGUACAAUCGUAUAUAUGUCGCUUCGAUUCAUCAAGAUUUGACUGAGGAAGACAUCAAGAGUGUAUUUGAGGCAUUCGGCCCUAUCGUUUACUGUAAACUAGCCCAAGGCUCCACUGGCAACAAGCACAAAGGUUACGGCUUUAUUGAAUACGAAACUGCCCAGGCUGCCAACGAAGCGAUUGCCAGUAUGAAUUUGUUCGAUUUGGGAGGACAGUACUUAAGGGUUGGAAGAGCAAUAACACCCCCUAACGCCCUCUUAGGACCAUCAACAGGCUCGAACGCCCUACCUACAGCGGCGGCUGUAGCGGCUGCAGCUGCAACGGCAAAAAUUCAAGCCAUGGACGCUGUGGCCAGCAAUGUAGCUGCUUUAGGGCUGUCGAAAUUAACUCAGCCCCCUGCACCUUUAGUGACUCCUGCUCCAGUAGCACCGCCUACUCUAGUGACGCCUGCACCGCCUGUUGUUGCUUUGGUGCCUCCACCUGGUGUUGCGAUACCCCAAAAGUUGCCUAACAAUAUUAUACAGCCUGCAUUAGUUCAACCUGUUCUCAGCGGACCAGUCCCCACAGUAUCAAUAUCAUUACCACCUCCGCCUGUUGCACCAGUUUCAAGUAGAAGUACAGUUGCUCAUCAACAAGAAGCAAUGAAACGGGCGGCCGAGGCCCAAUUGAAACAACAAGAAGAGCUACAAAAGAAGCUUCUGGAUCAAAAUGAGCCGCAAACAUUACAACAACAAGAAAAUAUGUCUAUAAAGGGUCAAAAUGCUAGGCAUUUUGUUAUGCAAAAAUUGAUGCGUAAAGUGGAUUCACGAGUAGUGAUUCUGAGGAAUAUGGUAGGGCCUGAAGAUGUAGACGAAACGUUGCAAGAUGAAAUUCAAGAAGAAUGUAGCAAAUUUGGACAAGUUGAAAGGGUAAUAAUUUACAACGAAAAACAAAAUGAAGAAGAUGACAAUAAUGAUGUUGUUGUGAAGAUAUUUGUGGAAUUUUAUGAAACAUUUGAGGCAGAGAAGGCGAGAGACUCCCUUAACGCGAGAUAUUUCGGUGGUAGAAUGGUACAAGCUUCCUUAUAUGAUCAGACUUUAUUUGAACAUAGUGACUUUUCCGGUUGAAAAUGUGCUUGAAAGUGUUUAUUGUGAUAACGGCCUUACCUUCCAGGGUACGGCGAAUUCAACUUAAAUGUGCAGGAUGUAAAUAAUAGACAAAAGAAAAAUACUCUGAGCAAUGCUUCUAUGUACAAAGUUUUUAUACAUUUAUGUUAGGAUUGUUAAUUGAAUUAAAGAGAAAUUUGUAAAUAAAUUUAUUGGCAAUAAAUUAUGUAAUUUACAUGUACAUUUUUUAAAAGUUUUUGUUCAACACACGUUACGGC